ACAUGCAUACACGCCCUUCAAAAAUGAAUUAGGGCUUGGCCACCACUCUUUAUAUCACGUUGCUACUAAGGCAAUUGUACGAAUAUAUUCUCUCUCUACAUUUCUCUCUCUUUCUCUCUCAUAUUUCUCUCCGGAGCUUCUGUUUCUCAAUUUUAGGUUACGAAAUCAUGGGCAAGGGUCCGGGUCUCUACUCCGAUAUUGGCAAAAGAGCUCGAGAUCUUCUGUACAGGGAUUACCAGAGCGACCACAAGUUCACAAUCACCACAUACUCUCCCACUGGAGUUACUCUCACUUCAACAGGAAUAAAGAAAGGUGACCUGUUUUUGGCUGAUGUCAAUACUCAGUUGAAGCACAAGAAUGUCACCACUGAUAUCAAAGUGGACACCAGUUCCAAUCUCCUGACCACUGUAACAGUUGACGAGCCUGCUCCUGGACUGAAGACUAUCUUAAGCUUUAGAGUUCCUGAUCAAAGGUCUGGCAAACUGGAACUUCAAUACCUGCAUGACUAUGCGGGAAUAAGCUCAAGCGUUGGGUUGACUGCUAACCCUAUUGUGAACUUCUCUGCUGUUCUGGGAAGCAACAAACUUGCUGUGGGGAGUGAUGUGUCUUUUGACUCCAAGGAAGGAGCUAUCACCAAGUGCAAUUUUGGAGCCAGCUUCACAAACUCUGAUCUGAUUGCUGCUUUGACAUUGAAUGACAAGGGUGACACAUUGAGCGCUUCAUACUAUCACACAGUUAACCCAUUGACCAACACUGCUGUUGGUGCAGAGGUGACCCAUAGCUUCUCAAGUAAUGAGAAUACCAUCACCGUUGGUACUCAACAUUCCUUGGAUCCAUUGACCAUGGUGAAAGCACGAGUAAACAACUUUGGCAAGGCUAGUGCGUUGAUCCAACAUGAAUGGCGUCCGAAGUCGCUCAUCACUGUGUCGACUGAGGUGGACACCAAGUCUAUCGACAAGAGUGCUAAGUUUGGGGUGGCCUUAGCUCUCAAGCCAUAAGUGGUGAUUCUGAUUUGUGGUUGGAUGGUUUGAAUGAGGAUUUUAUCCAAAGACAUGCUUGAUGCUGGUUCUUUUGGCGGCUUAUUGGUAAUCAUAGAAAUAAUCUAGGGUGUUGCCUGAACUUUUUGGAGUUCUCUUUUUAAAUUUUAUCAGGUGAAUUUAUAUCCUUUGUUGUUUGCUCUGACCCUCAUGUUUUCUGCAAUCAAGACCUCUAUCAUUUCUUGGUGAA